AUGACGGCUCCGAAUUUCACGUUCGACACUCCGCUUGGCCAAAGUCCGCCUUUCGCCACAGUAACCCCUACUGAUCAUGAAGCAUACAUCAUAAUCGCAGCAGCACUUGGGACUUCGUUGACUUUGAUGUUUGGAUGCAUUCGAGUAUGGGUUCGAUGGACUGGAGGGAGCAGGUACGGCUUUGAUGAUUGGCUCAUCGCCGGCACGACAGCUCUCUCAUUCGUUCAAUCCACCCUGGUAUUGAUCGCUUGCCACCUCGGCCUGGGAAAGUCGAAGACACUUCUGAGCUCAGAUGCUCUACUGUCGGUCCAGAAGCUGUACUACGCCAGCAACUUGCUGUACAUCGUUUGUCUGGCUGUCAGCAAAGCAUCAGUGACCUGUUUCAUCCUUCGCUUGACGCCAAUUGAGCCACAUACUCGCUUUUUGAAAGCCCUACUCGCUGCUCUGAUCAUCUGGGCCGUGGCGUUCGUCCUUCUCAUUGCGACAUCAUGUACUGCAUCGCACCCUUGGCUUCUUCUUGGACAGCAGUGCAGCGGAUAUCUUACAUACUGGGCCGUCUUCGAGAGCCUGGGCUGUCUGUACGAAGUAGCCAUGGUCGGCAUGUCCGUAUGGCUCGUCUACUCUCUACAGACCAGUUGGAAUAACCGAGCGACGGUAGUUAUAGCCUUCGGCGCCCGAUUGCUACUUAUCCCGAUUGUGGCCCUCCGCCUAGCAAACUACAGCAAAAAUGGCCAACAUAAUGACCCUACUUUCCUCGAAUCAGAAUUCGUCGUCUGGACAUCGACUGAACUAAACUACUCCAUCAUCUCAGCAACGUUUCCAAUCCUUCGCCCCCUCGUCAACAAUUUCAACACUAGUUGGGGAGGCGGAGACUGGAGUACGAUUGCCUACGGCACUUAUGUCAGCUCGCCUCAGGGGAGUAAUGAUGACUCUAAUAGAGCUACGGGCGGGUAUACCAUUCACGAAGGGUUUUCGCAGGUGGCUACUUCCAUUGACGAGAGCGAUGAGGGAGAUUCGCUUCGAUCGAGGAGGACUGGGGUUAGUCAUGAACAACUUUCCGGCGUAGGGAACGAUGCAAGCAAUAUAUGA